AUGUUGUUGCUUACAUUAAGUGAAAAGAAUAACUGGAGCAAAGAGAAAGCGACCGCUGAGGAGCCGCUGAAGGAGACCGCAGAACCUGUUUGCAUCCUCUUCGUUAUCGGUUAUCUCCUCAGUCUUCGUUUCACCUUGGAUUAUGAAGUUGGUCUGGUUGAAUUUACUGGUGAUUACUACUUAUUUAAUAGCUGUUUCCCAGGCCAUUAGACGGCCGAUUUGCCAUUUCCUUCUUCGAGAUUUCAGUGGCACUUUUGUUGAGGUUAUGAGGAAAUGCCCUGCGGGUAAGUUGCUCAAUUUAAAAAAAUCGGUCAUUCUUUAAAGGGGUUGUAUUAAAUAAAAAAAUCUUUGACCUCAAACUUUAGGGACAUCAUAUUGCGCCGCGAGAGUGUCAAAUGCGACUGGCCUCAGCUCAUUAGUUGUUGAUCAUUACGAGUUUUAUUGUGAAAAUGAGAGAAAUGUAAGGGUCUUCGUAUCUUGUGAGCAAUGACCAAGUGUAAUAUAAUGCACCUCCUCUUCCAGAUAACCCUGAAUCUGCAAAUCCCGGAAGCCCCGAAUCAAGGCUGUUAUCCCUUUGGGCCCUCAGGCUCUGAGUUUGUUUGUUUCUGUCACGAAGACUUCUGUAAUAACAAGGAGAAUAUGGAAGAGAUCUUCCUGUCAUUCAGAAAAUUUGUUCAUCUUUCUUCUGCCCCUCUUCCUCCGCAUGUCCAUAUCAAUAAUCAUCAUGUCCAUCCCCAGAAUGUUCUCGAAUUCCAGCCUCAUCUGGGCCAAGUUCAGCCAAUCACGUCCAAUAUUGUGAAUGAACAGGUAAUCGCGAUGAGUAAUGUGGAGACGGCAACUGCACCUGUCAGAAAGGUCGCGGCCAAUGAAUUAAAGUCAUUCAACCCAUUGCCUCGGCCACGACAAGACGGAACCGUGAUUCGGAAUCGGGCGGUGAGGGAUACGAACAGGAAUCUGAGACCCUUCGAGACCAAAGUAAAAACGCAGCAGAUCUUCCUGAUCAAUGAGGACUCGCCUAAAGUCAAACAUGGGUAA